GGGUUUGUUACAAGCUUCCUUUAGUUUAGUAUUUUUACUAGUUUUUAAAGGUGUACCUGCAUAAAAUAAAAAAAUUGCUAUAUAAUUAUUUCCAACAUUAACGGUGCUUAUGAGUCUACGCCUCCAUGACAGCUGUGACUAUUCUGUACUAGAGUGAGAAAGAGGUGUGCAUGACUCGCACCUUUUGCAUUUGCCCUUUUGUAAAGGUGAAACUUGAAACAGAAACUCUGAUCAAUUGGUCAGUGACUUUUUAAGAGGGUGUUACAAGUUCUCAGGUUUGUAGAGUCAUUGAUAUUGCUGAAGUGUCAUUGUUUGCACCAUUUUUGCAUAGUGGAUAUUUUAGAAAGAUGAGAGAUUCUGUCUUAAAGCACCAACACAUUCAUAUGCACCCUUUUUAACAAAUGUUUUUGUUUGGCAGAGUAUUUUUAAACCAAUGUAUGGAUUUAAUUCUAAAAUGCAAUAAGAUGCAAACAAACCUUUGCAAAUAAAAUACAAGGCGUUGAUGUGUUCUAAAGUGCAGCGACUGAAUCAUUCAGCGCAAAUGUCGAGAGACCAGAUAUCUUGUAGCAUUUGCUGUUUUUACCACACUGUAAUCAUCAGUGGCAUUAACUUGAGCUCCUCAAGCAGAAAGGUCAAGUCUUGGCAGACUUAUAAGUGAGUCUGUGUUUACAUUAAGUGCUAUUGGAGUAUUUUGGGUGUUGAGACACUUGGACGGCGUGAUUAUUGAUGAUUGUGUAGUAGAAAAAAAAAACCUUGUCAGCAUGUAGCAGGCUCUGUACCAUAACCUUGAAAUUAUUUUGAAAUUUUAUUUCACCAAAGAUUAUUGAUUUAUUUUUUUAUGUCCUUGGUGGUAAAAUGAGCUGUCUACAUGUUUGUGCUGUUUUUGAUAAAAUGCUUGAUGAUGAUAAUACGUAGACAUUAGUUACUUUCUAGCUGUUUCCUUGCUGUGCCCCCUUCUGUGGGUUUCGGUGUAGUGCUUCUAUAUUUGAGUGUCUCUUUGUCUGAGGCACAUGGUUAGAGGAGGAGGUGGAGCUGUGUAAUUUGACACGAAUCAGGCCCAAAGUACAGCUCAGACAUGGUGAGAGAGAGAGUGAAACGGGGGAGAGAGGGGGCAUUCCAACUCCAGCUUGACAUUCGACUCCUCAGCCUACAGACUGCAUUGGCGAACGUGCGUGCAGUCUGUACUGUUCUUUCUCUCUGUAACGCUUUGCUGUGAUUCUACCCUUGUCCCACAGAGAAUAGGCUCAUCUUCCUGUCUCUCAUUUGGAGUUCACACAGGAUACUUGGGCCUGCCUGGGAGUGGCCCCUUAGUUUGCUGCUAGAAUGUGCCUUUAGACAAGUUGGGAAACUCGCUUUGCUGCUGUUGGUUUUCCUCUCUUCCUCGGCUCUCCCUCUCUUUCCCACUCUCCUUGUGCUCCCUUGCAAUCGUCUACCAGGCAUUCAGGAUAAAUUUUUUACAUUCUCCUUGAUGCAUUCUUUUGGAGUUCUCCAUUACACUUUAAGCUUUUCCUGUGCUGCCUUUUAACAACGAUUUUGCCUUUAAGCCACAUGUCUACUUUUAAGCAGUCAACAGACAAUUUGGAUAGCUUGCAGAGUUUUGCGUGCGUUACAGCACCGAGUGAGCAUAUCGGAUAUUGGACUGUUUUGGGGCCCUCUGUUAUGGGCUGUUUUGUUUCUAUGGAAAGAGCGCAAUGAAGAGUCACUACGAUCCCGAUGUCUCCCACCGCUAGGCUGCAGCCUGUCUACUCAUGGAAGGGGGUGUUCAAGCUCUUCACAUGCGUAGCUGCUCGAACAGCCAACAAGCCUAAAGAGGUCCACACAUUUCAAGAGAAGAAAAUAGCCUUACUGGGGAAUCAUAUGGACGAAGAAAUGAGUCGCCAGACUGCCACCGCGCUGCCCACAGGAACCUCAAAGUGCGCCCCCUCCCAGCGUGUAAACACCACAGCCUCUAACAGUGACCUAGCCAGCCUGUUCGAGUGCCCGGUGUGUUUUGACUAUGUGCUGCCUCCAAUCCUGCAAUGCCAGAGCGGCCACCUGGUGUGCAGCAACUGCCGGCCCAAGCUGACUUGCUGUCCGACAUGCCGAGGCCCUUUGGGCUCCAUCCGUAACCUGGCUAUGGAAAAGGUAGCCAACUCGGUGCUGUUCCCAUGCAAGUACGCCUCGUCGGGCUGCGAAGUGACGCUGCCGCACACAGACAAAGCUGAGCACGAAGAGCUGUGCGAGUUCCGGCCGUAUUCGUGCCCAUGUCCGGGUGCGUCGUGCAAAUGGCAGGGCUCACUGGACGCAGUCAUGCCGCACCUGCUGCACCAACACAAGUCCAUAACCACACUACAGGGCGAGGACAUCGUCUUCCUGGCCACGGACAUCAACCUGCCCGGUGCUGUCGACUGGGUAAUGAUGCAGUCCUGCUUCGGUUUCCACUUCAUGCUGGUGCUGGAGAAGCAGGAGAAGUAUGAUGGGCACCAGCAGUUCUUUGCCAUCGUGCAGCUGAUCGGCACACGCAAGCAGGCGGAGAACUUCGCCUAUCGGCUGGAGCUGAACGGCCAUCGGCGGCGCCUCACCUGGGAAGCCACGCCGCGGUCCAUUCAUGAGGGCAUUGCCACAGCCAUCAUGAACAGUGACUGUCUAGUGUUUGACACCUCCAUCGCCCAGCUGUUUGCUGAAAAUGGCAACCUGGGAAUCAAUGUCACCAUUUCCAUGUGCUGAGGACGGUCAUAUACACACAAACACAUAGGCAAACACUUAAACAUUUCACAACAACUACAAGACACCCAGAGGUGUACAUUGAGCAGGGGGUGGGGUAUCUAACCUAGGGAGCUUCUUGCUGUUGUAUGUUCCAAGUACUCAACAGAACUGAGCUUUACCAACGCUUGGCACAUUCAGCAACUGGACAUUUUCCCGGAUUCUCAAUUUUAUGCUACAAUAAUAUAAUAAGUUAAAUAAUUACACUAAUGUAUUCUACAUUUUUGAGAGCAAAUUGCCCACAAAGAUGAGCCUUGUGAAGUGGACUUUCUGACACAUGGUUUGUUUAUGAAGAUGGGUGAAGGAAUGGCACAGUAGAAUUGAAAGAGGGUGAACGCUAAAAGCUGAACUAGAAUUGUCCUGAUAUAUUGGUUUUCUUUUUCUUUUUUUUUUUUUUUUUACUUUCCCCGACAGAUAGCAUUGUUAAUUCAAAUGAAACACUAACCUUUUUUUAAGCUGAAUUUCUGCAGUUUUAGGUUUUAAUCAAGCAUUGUUUGGUUUUGUCUGAUCUUCCUCUCCCCUUAAAAAAAAAAAAAACUCAAAAAAAAAAAAAGAGAUUUGCAUGACCACUGGCUGUGGUUUGGUGUGUCCAGAUUUCAUCUGAAAUUUUAGUAGUUUCUGCCUGACUGUAGAAUUUCUACCAGGGUUUUCCUUUUGAUGAAGGAAAGGGAGGGUUCAUGAGAAAAUUCUGUAUCAACUUGAUGUGAGCACAUCAGAUUUGAUGCCCUCAAAGCCACUUUUUUCUCCCCCUCUUAAAUGUUUAGCUUUUCCCUAUGAUAGCCUACUUUUUUGGACCAGGUGCUAUAAACAGCAGUCUUGCGCCUGUGAAUGUUGUCAUUUGAAUGGAUUGUGCAUUUGUUUUGACAGGUGAAUACAUGCUUGUCUCAGUCAUGUGGAAAUGGUGAUCUCUUCAUGCUGGAGGCGAGGCUCUCCUGAAUAUUAGACUAGAAGUGAGCGCAAUUUCUACCGUUAUGAGAUUAUCAUUUUGUAACGACUUCAGAAAAAGGAAUGAAAAGGCUGUUACAUUGUUGCUAAUCUUCAGUGUUUGUAUAUAGUGUUGCUCUUCAGAAGACCUCAUGUCUUUUUGUUCUCUUUUUGUAAGUAAGAUUUUUUUUUGUUUUGUAUGUGUCUGUUUUUGUGAGGAUUGGGGGGGGAAACGCCAAAACAUCUCUGUGGAUUACAUUGUACUGUUGCUGGUCCUGGUCUGUUUUUAUUUGUUUUAAUGUUUGUUUUUUUUGUUUGUUUGUUUUGGUCUAUUUUGCCAUUAAAUAAAUCUAUCUUUUUCAUA